GAAGUGGAUUUGAUCAGAGGUCAGGUGCAGCAGCUCAUUUCCUUACCAAUGUGGAUGGCUCUACAACCUAAACGACUGGAACAAGAGCUGAAAAAGACACCAAAACUAAGAAAAUUCUGGAAUCUAAUUAAGAAAAAUGAUGAGAAAAUGGAUGAGGAGACAAGAAAACAAGCAUAUCGGGAGAGAACAUUUCUUUCACAGCUCAUUCAGAAAUUCAUCUCUGUGCUAAAAUCAAUACCUGUCUCAGGUCCUAUUUGUAUGGACAAAGUUCAUUAUUGUGAGAGAUUCAUUGAGCUUAUGCUAGAUCUUGAGGCUUUGCUUCCCACACGGCGCUGGUUUAAUACAGUGUUGGAUGACUCCCAUCUUGUUGUUCACUGUUACCUGUCCAAUCUUGCUAAAAGAGAGAAGGAGGGUCAUCUCUUCUGCCAGCUUUUAGAUAUGCUUAAAUUCUACACUGGGUUUGAAAUCAAUGAUCAGACUGGAAAUGCUUUGACAGAGAAUGAGAUGACAACAAUUCACUAUGACAGAAUUACAUCUUUACAGAGAACAGCAUUUGCGCAUUUCCCAGAGUUAUAUGACUUUGCACUCUCAAAUGUAGCUGCAGUAGAUACUCGUGAUUCACUGUUGAAGUGUUUUGGACCCCUUAGCUCCAACGUUCUUCACCGGGUGGCAUCACACCUCUGCCUGCUGCCGCCCCUUCCAGAAGGGGGAGACUCCACCUAUGAGAAGGAGUUUCUGCUGGAGUUGCUGGUUUCCCGUCACGAGCGACGAAUAUCUCAAAUUCAGCAACUCAACCAGAUGCCUCUUUAUCCCACAGAGAAGAUUAUUUGGGAUGAAAAUAUUGUACCAACUGAAUAUUAUUCUGGAGAAGGCUGCCUUGCACUUCCCAAAUUGAAUCUACAGUUUCUGACUCUUCAUGACUACCUGCUGAGGAACUUCAAUCUCUUCCGCUUAGAGUCUACCUACGAGAUCAGACAGGACAUUGAAGAUAGUGUCAGUAGGAUGAAACCAUGGUUAUCAGAAUAUGGAGGUGUGGUCUUUGGUGGAUGGGCUAGGAUGGCACAACCCAUUGUCUCUUUCACAGUGGUGGAGGUAGCAAAACCCAAUAUUGGUGAAAACUGGCCCAUGCGAGUACGAGCAGAUGUUACAAUUAAUUUGAAUGUCCGAGAUAACAUCAAAGAUGAAUGGGAAGGUCUGCGUAAACAUGAUGUCUGCUUUUUGAUUACGGUGCGUCCCACGCAACCUUAUGGCACCAAGUUUGACCGACGACGACCUUUUGUUGAGCAGACUGGCCUGGUGUAUGUCAGGGGCUGUGAAAUCCAGGGCAUGUUGGAUGAGAAAGGACGUGUUAUUGAAGAAGGACCUGAACCCAAACCAAGACUUAAAGGGGAUUGCAGAACAUACAGAGUGUUUCUGGACCCAAACCAGUAUCAACAAGACAUGACCAAUACAAUCCAAAAUGGAGCAGAAGAUGUUUAUGAGACAUUUAAUAUAAUAAUGAGAAGAAAACCAAAAGAAAACAACUUCAAGGCUGUUCUGGAGACUAUUAGGAAUUUGAUGAACACAGACUGUGUGGUUCCUGACUGGCUGCAUGACAUCAUUCUCGGAUAUGGAGACCCAAGUAGUGCACAUUAUUCAAAAAUGCCAAAUCAGAUUGCAACUCUGGAUUUUAAUGACACGUUCCUGUCCAUUGAUCACUUAAAAGCCAGCUUUCCUGGAUACAAUAUUAAAGUGACUGUUGAUGAUCCAGUUUUGCAAAUACCCCCCUUCAGGAUAACUUUCCCAAUAAAGGGAGGUAAAGGAAAGAAAAGAAAAGAAGAAGACAGGAAUGAAGAAAAACCGGAAGAAGCUAAAACACUUAUUGUAGAACCUCAUGUCAUUCCAAACAGGGGACCAUAUCCCUAUAAUCAACCAAAACGCAAUACUAUUCAGUUUACCCAUACUCAGAUUGAAGCUAUACGUGCGGGAAUGCAGCCUGGGCUGACUAUGGUAGUGGGUCCACCUGGUACUGGAAAAACUGAUGUAGCAGUCCAGAUAAUAUCCAAUCUUUAUCAUAAUUUCCCAGAACAGCGAACUCUUAUAGUUACCCACUCUAAUCAGGCCUUGAACCAGCUGUUUGAAAAAAUCAUGGCUCUAGACAUUGAUGAGCGCCACCUCCUGCGUCUGGGUCAUGGAGAGGAGGAAUUGGAGACAGAGAAAGAUUUCAGCAGGUAUGGAAGAGUUAAUUAUGUGCUGGCUCGAAGACUUGAACUUCUACGAGAAGUUGGGCGAUUGCAAGAGAGUCUUGGAGUCCCAGGAGAUGUUUCUUACACUUGUGAAACAGCUGGCCACUUUUUCUUAUACCAAGUAAUGUCUCGUUGGGAGGAGUAUAUCAGCAAAGUGAAAGUUAAAGGUGGAAAAUUGCCAGAUGUUACCGAUGUCUCCAGUUUCUUUCCUUUUCACCAGUAUUUUGCAAAUGCUCCUCAACCAAUUUUCAAAGGCAAAUCCUAUGAAGAAGAUAUGGAAAUUGCUGAAGGGUGUUUCAGACAUAUUAAAAAAAUAUUCACUCAACUUGAGGAAUUCAGAGCAUUUGAACUUCUCCGCAGUGGCCUGGAUAGAUCCAAAUACCUGUUGGUGAAAGAAGCAAAAAUCAUUGCCAUGACUUGUACUCAUGCUGCUCUGAAACGACAUGACCUGGUUGAAUUAUGUUUCAAAUAUGACAACAUCUUAAUGGAAGAGUCUGCUCAGAUUCUGGAGAUAGAAACCUUCAUACCUCUCCUAUUGCAGAACCCCCAGGAUGGAUUCAGUCGUUUGAAGCGGUGGAUUAUGAUUGGUGACCAUCAUCAGUUGCCACCAGUCAUUAAAAACAUGGCUUUUCAAAAAUACUCCAACAUGGAGCAGUCCCUUUUUACACGGUUUGUUCGUGUUGGAGUGCCAACUGUUGAUUUGGAUGCACAAGGAAGAGCAAGGGCAAGUUUAUGUAACCUCUACAACUGGCGUUACAAGAAUCUGGGUAACCUGCCUCACGUGCAGCUUCUGCCGGAGUUCAGAACAGCCAAUGCUGGGUUUUUGUACGACUUCCAGCUUAUAAAUGUAGAAGACUUCAAUGGUGUGGGAGAGUCUGAACCCAAUCCUUAUUUCUAUCAGAAUCUUGGGGAAGCAGAGUAUGUUGUGGCACUUUUCAUGUAUAUGUGCCUGCUUGGUUAUCCUGCAGACAAGAUAAGUAUCCUGACAACUUACAAUGGACAGAAACACCUGAUCCGAGAUGUCAUUAAUCAGCGGUGUGGCAAUAAUCCACUGAUUGGACGGCCAAACAAGGUUACAACUGUGGACAGGUUUCAAGGUCAACAAAAUGAUUAUAUUCUCCUUUCCCUAGUGCGUACCAAAGCUGUAGGCCACCUUAGGGAUGUCCGACGAUUGGUUGUUGCCAUGUCAAGAGCCAGGCUUGGCCUUUAUAUCUUUGCAAGGGUAUCGCUGUUUCAGAACUGUUUUGAGCUAACUCCAGCUUUCAGCCAACUCACAGCUCGACCACUUCACCUCCAUAUUGUUCCCACAGAACGUUUUCCAACGGCAAGACAG